AUGAAAGCGUCGGGCCGACUGGUGCUACUGACAGCCUCUGUAGUUUUGUUGGUGGUGACUUUCGAAGAACUCCAACUCGGCCAUGGAUAUGUCUAUUUUGUCAAUAAGUACCAGAAGGAGGAGUUCCGGCCCAUUAAUGUUUCGAGAGGUGGGAAAAUGUCGAUUUUUUUGAACUUUUCUGUACUGUUAUCAUUGGCUAUCUCAGUGGCCCCUAUAGGGGCCUUUAAAGGCUCCCCCUUAGGACUACUUUAUCAACCCCUAUAGGGGCCACUAAAGCUUGCAAAAGUGGUUCCUAUAGGGGACAUGCUAGGAUAAUUGUUAUGAACUUUAAGCGAAGAAUAAUUUCCAUGGAAAAGACUGAAACGGUUUUUUGAAUUAAAUUGGAAGACCCCUAUAGGGUCCACUUGAGCUCUAGGGGGUCAGACCCUAAACCUCUAUGUGGACCGCCUUGAUUUAACCCCUCUAGGGGCCACUUUUCCGACCCCUGCAGGGGCUGUUUAUCCUCUUAACCCCUAGAGGGAUCACUAUAAAGUUCUUAUUAGGAAUUCCAGAUUUCAUUGAGAAGGGGCAGGGAAAAAGUCACGUUUUUGUAGUUUUUCCAAUAAUUUUCAAACUUUUGUAUUUCGAUGUUAUGAACUAGUUUUUCAUCGAAAUUUGGAAUAAAAAAAACGUUUAACAUACUAUUUUUCAAGUUUUACUUAAAAAAUUGACUAAAAUCGACUUUCUAGGCGAGCAAAAUGUCUCCAUCGCCUUGGUUAUGCUUGUCGCGAGGCGCUCUGAACAUUUGAACUACAAAAUCGCCUUGGAGACGGUUCAGUGUUAUGCGGAGCACUUCAACUACGGUUUCUACCUGAUAAAUGUUCUGGAAAACGCGACGCUCGUUGAAAAGUGUCCUCAUAAAGACGUGAGUCGAGAGGGGGUUGCACGGAAGAGAUUUGCGGAAAAAAAAUUUUGGUGCGAAAUUUUAAAUCUCAAGUACGCAGCCAAAUGUAUUCUUCAUGCCGUUGAAUACUCAGUUUAAUUUGCAACGAUAGGUAGCUGUGACGUCACAGUCCUUUAUCCGAAGCGCGCACUUACUUUUUUUGUAAAUUCAGAAACUUUGACGCCUCGCUCACCGUCCCUCACCCCAUUAGAAAUGCCGUGCUUGAAUUUCUGGAGUAUACAAUUUUUUUUUUACCAUUGAUGAUAGUGAAUCUAGGAGUUUUUGGAAGGUAGAAAUCAAAGAAUUUGUUUUAAUUAGGCUCACAUCGUUUAAUAGCAUCCAAAAAUAACAUUUUCUUCGGACUUCCGUGAAGCUGUUUUUUUGGACUUUUUCGUGAAUAAUGGCACCCUCCAUAGAAAUAACUUUUUCGAUAUUUAUCUUUCAAAUGCACAUAACUUCACUAUUAUCAACUUUUCUACGAUGAAAAAAACUUUCUCUUUCAAAAAAAUUUCGAAGCAAAUCUCUUCCGCGAAACUCUGCAGAGGAAUCAGAAAUUUGAAAGUUUUUUUAAGUUUUUUUAGACUUCAAAAUUCACAUUGCUUUGUAAACUCGAAGAAAAAGCAAGGUUUUUCAAGUCAAAAAAAUAAUCUUUUAGUGAAUCCAUAUGCAUUAUUUAUGCGGUGGCUUGUCUUGAAUAUUAUAAAUUAUCGGGAUAGAUAUAUAAUUUUUUUCUAGUUCAUGUUCCGUCGUCACUGCGCCUUGUCCGUCAUGCUCCCAUCGAUUCCAUACGAUUGGGUUCUAUUUCUCGACGCUGAUAUGGCCGUUGUGAAUCCGAAUCACCUCGUUGAGCAGUUUCUCCCCAAGAAACCUCAGGUUUUCGAUUUUGAAGCUGUUUCUCGGGUCCUCAGAAGGUUCUGAAAAAUAUUUUGAAGAUUGCCAUUUUUUUUUCCACUUUUCAUCAUUCUCAUGGCUCAGACAAUUUUUCUCCAUCAUUGCAUCAGUAUUCCAGAAUCCUCCCCCUCCGUCCAAAAAGCCCCCCUGUCCAAAAGCCCCCUCCACCAAGGUAAAUUUUUGAUUGGAGAUAUUUAGAGACCUUUUGCUUGGGAGGGGGAGUAGUGCAUCAAAAUUCCAGAAUCGCCCCCCAGACAGAUUUCGACUGAAGAGGGGGUGAUAUUAGAAACCUUUUGUUUGGAAGGGGAAGCAAUCAAAUGUGGAGGCAUAUAAGCUUUGAAAUAAAGAUUGCAAGCCCUCUACACCCCCCACCAAGGUAAAUUUUUGAUUGGAGAGAUGAGGGGAAUAUUAGAGACCUUGUGCUUGGGGAGGGGGAGAGUUGCAUCAAAAAUUCCAGAAUCGCCUCCCCCUUCCCCAAGGCGAAUUUUUGACUUAAGAAGGGGGAGUGAUAUUAGAGACCUGUUGUUUGGGGGGCUGAAUCAAAUGUGUAGGCAUAUAUCUCAUUCUAGAAUCCCAGCUUCGAAAUAAAGAUCUCAAGCUCCUCCCCCUCGUUUGGAAGCGCUGCUGGGGGACUAUUUCUACACUAAUGAGGGGCCAUUCUGGAAUAAUCCCCUAUCAUUUUGAAAGCUACUAGCGGAACCUUUUCAGCUCCAUCUGAGGGGACCUCAAGGGAUCUUUUCCAUUUGGCUCUAUUUAAAAAAAAAAUCAGGAUUUUAGGCCCAAAUCGUGUUCUACGAUCGGAUUAUGAACCACGAGGUUAUGGCGGGAUCCUACCUGUUGAGGUAGAAAUAACAAUUUUCUGGAUUUUUUAUAGCUCUAACGUAACUUUUUAAUGAAGCUUCACUCCAGUGAAAAAAAAGAGAAAACAUUAUUUUCUAGGAAAAAAUUGGGAAUAUAUGAAAUUUUUAACAUUAUAUAUACGUAAUUUGACAUAAAAAUCGAUUUUUCGACUUUUCUGUCGUUUUUUUGUUGAUUUUUAAUGAACUUCAAACGAUUUUAAGCCAUUUUUUCAGAAACCAGCAAUAUGCCCGGGAUUUCUUGAUGUUUUGGGCCAACUACGAAUCGAAAUUGCCCAACAGCUUUCAUGGGACCGAUAAUGGAGCCAUCCAUGUACGAUUUUGUACCUUUGAACUGAAAAAGAAGGUUUUCCAGAGCGUUAUUGUCGAUUUCGCUCUACCGAAACUCAAGGAGAAACGGGAAAAGUGCGAGGAAAAGUAUUGGAAAACUUCAAAGUAUUCAAACAUUGUGAAAUUCUAGAUGAAAAUAGAAAAUUUUCCAGAAACUACGCGGAUUUAUCGCGAUACGAAGUGUGUAUGCAGCGGAUCUUGAAAAACAACACGAUUCCGGAAAUUGUCAUCUUGCCAAAGGUUCACUUUUUGUAUAGUCCGUUCAGAAUGUAAAGUAGAAUGACGUCAUUCGAAAACGCUCUCUGAUUGGUUCAUCACGCCAUUUGGGGGCGGAGCUUGAGCGAGAACUUGAAAUUUGAAAUCUGAAAAGACUAUAUUGCUUAUUUUCGUGUCACACGGCGUUUUUGUUAUUGGAAGAAAAUGCGAAACCAAAAUGGAAGGGGCGGAGUUUCGACGUGACGUCAUGGGAAACAAGCGUAAAAACAGAAAAUAUUAAAGGCGCAUGUCCAAUGGGUCAUGAGACGAAUCGAUUUCUUAUUUAAAAAAGUAUUUAAAUUGUUUUUUUCGUGUCAGACGGCGUUUUUGUUAUUGGAAGAAAAUACGAAAUCAAAAAUGAAGGGGAAGGAGUUUCGACGUGACGUCACGGGAUAUAAGCGUAAAAAACAGGAAAUAUUAAAGGCGCAUGUCCAAUGGGUCAUGAGACGGAUCAAUUCCUCAUUUGAAAAACGCAAUUUUUCGGUUACCGUGUUCAAAGUGAUCCCGCGAAAUUAAAAAUAGCCAUCAGGGAGCGAAAAAUAUAACUGAUGCCGUGUUCAAAGUAAUUUCCGCGAAAUGCAAAAUACCCGUUAGAGAAAGGAAAAGAUCACUAUAUUUUGGAGAGUCAGAGAUCAUUUUGCAUUUCGCGGAAAUUACAUUGAACACGGCAUGAAUUCCGGAGGUUCAGAGAUGAUUUUGAAUUUCGCGGAUAAUAUUUUGAACACAGUGCAGUGCAUGCACACGACACACUACACUUUACGAAAAAUAGACGGGGCUUCAUAAAAAAAACGCCGUGACGUCACUAUUAUAUUCAUUUUUUGGAACUUUAUUCACAAGUUUAUCGAAAUUGUUAAAAGUACAGAAUGUUCUGAUUUUGAAUGGCAAAGCAAUGACGUCAUUCGAAAACGCUCUGUGCAUGGCUCGCUCUCUGAUUGGUUUGUCGCGCCAUUAUGGGCGGAGCUUGAGCGACGAUUGACGUAGAAAAUGUGAACGGUAUAUACAGAACAGAGGAAUUUUGAUAUAAAAUUUUGAUUUUUGAAAUUCUUCAAGCUGAAGUGUAUCCUAAAGGGAGUUUGAGAUUUAGUGUGCCCUAUAGGGAGUGUAUAAGGGCCUCCUAAAGGGAGAAACUUGAAGUACCUCCUAUAGAAGGCCCUUCAAAAACUCUUUCUCCUUUGAUUCUCUGGACAGUGGAGAGUUUUUCCCAAAAAUAAAAAUUCAAUUGCAUUUUUAUUAUUGGAACUGAUUGAACUGUGAUUAUAGGAAGUUUACCGAUUUCUGAAAAUCAAAUUUUUAAGGGCCGACACGCUUGGGCGCGCGACGGUUGGCUGACGAAUUCGGUUUGGAGCGAUCGGGACUUUAUUUUCCACGGAUGGCAGAAAAAGUUGGAUUUUGCGCCGCAAAAUGUGAUGAAAAAUUAUCAAAAAGGGACAAAAUAGACAUUUUUUAAAAGUAGUGAUUAGAAAAUCUUCUCAUUAGGAAUUCCAGAGGAGUCCCUAUAGGGGUUAGUGUGGAAAACAACCCCUGCAGGGGCCGAAAAAGUGGUCCCUAGAGGGGUUCAGGGUCUGACCCCUUAGCCCUUGAAGCGCAAGUGGGCCCUAUAGGGUUCUUUCAAUUUCAUUCAAAAAACGCUUCUUUAUUUAGUUUUUCCAUGGAAAUGUGCACAACAAUUUUCGACUAGCAUGACCCCUAUAGGGGCUACUAACUGAAACCCCUAUAGGGACCACUUUUUCAAGCUUUAGUGGCCCCUAUAGGGGUUGGUAAAGUGGUCCCUCCGAGAGACCCUAAGGUUACCUCUAUAGGGACCACUCUGGAGAUCCUAAGAUCGCUUAGAAAUUUUCAAGUUUAGUUCUGAAGAAAGUAUCAAGUGACCACUUGAGGGUGUACGUAAAAAGGCAUGUUUUUGAUACCUAAAUCUAUGUAAAAAAAAAAGUUUCCGACGAGUUUUCAUUUUUUUUUUUAGACGCCUGGAUCGUCGUGGUUUCGCAGUUUGGCACUCGCCUCUAGUCUACAAUAAUCCAUUUAAUCUUACGAUUUGUAAAGGACCCAAAGCUUUUUUGAACUGGCGGUUGGUUUUCCAUUAUUUCAAAUUCUGAAAAAAAUACGAAAUUUCAGGUACAAAGACUCAUUCAUUGCACCUGUCCUCGACGUCGACCGCGAAUUAUUCUGGACGAUAAAAAAGAUGGAAAACGAGUUCGAAACCAUCGCCAACUCCUUGUCAUGA